AUGCCGCUCUCUGAUCAGGAUCCCAACGGCGGCGGCCGCAACUCGCGAGCCUCCAACGUCUCUGCCAUGAGCCGAGCAUCAGGUAAACCCGUAUCGCGGGCACCCAGUGCAGACCUUCAACCUCUUAACCGCGGCGUCACGUCCAUGCUCCGCACCGAGACCGAGAUAGGCGACGUUAGCAUCGGCCGUCCUAAGUUCGACGACUUGUCUGCCAUGAGCAACGCACCACGUCCGCUGCCGUCCCGAUCUUCGAACCCAAGCCCAUACUAUGCACACCCCGCCGGGGGUGGUUUCAGGCAGCCUGUUCCAUACUCGCGAUCGGUCCAGUCCGCCCUGAGCGACGACAGCGGAGUACACUUCCAAGGGCCGCGGACCUACGACGGUCAGCGACUGCCCUAUGCUGGCCAGGUACAAGGCUACGGCAACCCAGGAUACACAAAUCAUACGUAUCGGCAGCAGCAUGCUGGACAAGGACAAGAUCAACGAGGCUUCCACAACGGACAGGGCCCCGGGCAGAUGAGGACCAAGAAUCCAUCCUCUCGGUCUACGAUGAGCCUUGAAGAUCCUCCCGUGGAAGACGACGACUUUCCUCUCUACCACGCGGCUACCAGACAACUCAUGUCUCGCAGGAUGACAGGCAACUCCGCCCGCGAGCCUCGUUCAGAAGAUCGAAGAGAGCACAGGCGUCCGGAUGAAUACCAGCCACCUUUACCAGCCGACCACCGCCAACGGAUCGCUGCUGAACAAGCUCGUCUCAAGAGGUCUGCGCCUGCUUCCAUGUCCAGUUUUAACACAAACUUGCGUACUGAAUCAGACCCGCCGUCGUCUGACAUGGCUAUGCCAUCAACUCCGAAAGAUGGUAGCUCCAUGGAAGUGCACCGAAACCUCGAUAGAAACAAGGUCUUCAAAGCCGCCAACCCGAACCGCCUUGUUAUUCAGGAAGAGUAUCCUCCAGUACCAUACUACAACACGAGUGACCAGCUCGGACCUGUGGCGUCUGCGGACCCAGGGACGAAUGCUGAUCCCGACGGCUUCAUAGACCGAAAGAUAAUCAUUGUCGAACAGUUUCGUCCGGCUGGGGCGGCAUUGAAGAGUGAUCCUUUUUUAGGACAAGAGGCACGACCAAUGUCGAUGGAGAAAUUGCGAGAAGACCUCAAGCUCGAUCUCGAGCGCGAACGCGAGGCCGAGCGCAAAGCCCAGAAGCAUUCGCGAAAGCGACAUUGCGGAACUCCCAGCGUCCCCCGUAGCUCACCGCAUCACAAGGAAUUUGAUCCUAAGAGGUCUGGAGGCUUCAACGACGGGCGAUAUCCAGUCUUCGAUGGAGUUAGUAACCUCUUCGGGGCCAUCUCCCUCGCUCCCGAGCAAGCCUCCAUCUCCGUCAAGAAAGCCCCCCGUUCCAAGGUCUCCGACACAACUCUCAAGGCCAAAGUCUCCAACACUACAAUCAAGGCCAAAGUCUCCGAUACCACUAUCAAGGCCAAAGUCCCCGACACCGCAAUCACUGACGACGUCUCCGACACCGCAGUCGUUGACAAAGUCGCUGACAACACGGUCGCUGACACCAAGGUCGCUGACUCCGGGGCCUCUGCCGCUGUCGAAGACCAAUGA